UCUUCGCUCUCUUCCAUGUUUUGGCGCCAUUGGCUAUCGGCCCGAUCCGCCCGAUCCAACGAUUUGCCACAGUCGAAGCAUCUCAACUUUUUCUUAACGCUUAAAUAAUCCCCAAAAAAAUGUCAAAAAAGGAGACAAAACAAAUCAACACAUUAUUUAAUUAUUUCAAGUCUCCUAAAAAUGUUACACCCCAGGCUGAUAAGAAGACAACACCCAAGAAACCCGAACCGACGACACCAACACGAACUCUCAAGGGCAAAGGCAAGGGGAAGGGAAAGGAGAAUAAAGAUGAGGCGAAGCCAGCAGCUAGAAAGAGACCCUUGAAAGCUAGGACACCCGAUUUUGAUGAGGAGGAUGAGGAAAAAAAAGAUGAGGAGGAAGAGGUUACAGCUAAACCUAAACGCAGGAGAAUUAUAAUCCCUGAGGAGGACUCUGAGGAUGGAGGAAGCUCCAGUGAUGAUUAUGUACCUGAUGAAUCUGAAGAAGCUUCUGAGUCAGAUAAUGACACAGAAGAUGUUGAUGAGAGUUCGUUUGCCACAGAAACGGAAACUGAUGAAGAAACACCGCAGAAAAAGCAGAAAAUGUCAAAUAGAAAAUCUUCUACUAGGGCGCUGAAGAAACCUGCUGAAAGAAAAGUCACAUCAAAAGAGGAAUCUUUCCAACUGCAAAAGAAUCCCUCUGUAACAGGUCCCACCUCAGGCGCGGACUCGUGGCCUCACCUGAAGUUAGACUUCUUGAAGCCAGAGAAUCGUCGUGAUAAAAAUCGUCGUCUUCCCUCCGACGAAAAGUACGACCCUCGGACCCUCUACGUCCCCGAAGACUUUUUAAACAAACAGACCCCUGGAAUGCGUCAAUGGUGGGUCCUCAAGUCGCAGCAUUUCGACUGCAUCCUCUUUUUCAAAGUGGGAAAAUUCUACGAACUCUAUCACAUGGACGCUGUAAUUGGGUCUAACGAGCUGGGAAUCGCCUAUAUGAGAGGUGAAUGGGCGCACUCAGGAUUCCCCGAGAUAGCUUACGCUCGAUUCUCCGGAAUUCUUGUGGAAAAGGGGUACAAAGUGGCCAGGAUCGAGCAAACAGAGAGCCCAGAGAUGAUGCAGGCACGUCUGAAGGAGAGUAAAAAAAAUACGAAAUUCGAUAAAGUUGUGCGCCGAGAGAUUUGCCAGAUAUCUACUCGAGGAACUCGAGUCUCAUCGGUUCAAGAUCCAGAGAUAAUCACUCCAGAGAGCAACUACCUCCUCUCUCUCGUCGAGAAAAACAACCCAAAAACAAAAAUUCCAACAUUUGGGGUGUGCUUCAUCGACACGAGCAUCGGCGAGUUUCAUCUGGGACAGUUUGAUGACGAUCGCUCCAACUCACGUCUACUGACUCUUCUCUCCCACUACCUGCCAGUCCACAUAAUCUACGAGAAGGGUAAUCUGUCGCAGGAAACUAUGAAAAUCCUCAACACUCUAUUAUUCUCAGCCCAGAAGGAAUCCCUCCACAAGGACGUGCAGUUCUGGUCUGCCACGAAGACCCUCAAAUUCCUCCACGAGGGUGACUAUUUCAAGAGUGAGGCAGGCUCCGAUUUUCGUUGGCCAGAUGGUCUCAAGAAAUUUCUCAAUCCUGGGGAUUCACUUGGGCUCACACCCGAGGACGAUAAAGAACUAGCAGUAAAUGCCCUUGGCGGUUGUGUCUAUCUCCUCAAGGAUUUUAUGCUCGACCAGCAGAUUCUCAGUCAGAAACACUUCCACGAGUACAUCCCCCCAGACGUCGUAUUCUCCUUGAACAAGAUGGAGGGGACGUCUCCUAGUAUGAGCACAAUGGUUCUCGAUGCCAUCACCAUCAACAAUCUGAGGAUUCUUGGAGAGGAUGGCUCGCUCCUCAAAACUCUAGACCAUUGCUGCACAGCUUUUGGCAAGAGGCUGUUGAAGGAAUGGGUCUGUCGUCCGUCUUGCCAUAAAAGCAUCAUAGUAAGUCGUCAAGAAGCUAUCACCGAACUUAUGGACAAUCCUGACGUCAUUCAGGAGGUCAGAAAGAAAAUGAGCCAUUUGCCCGAUCUUGAGAGACUUCUUAGUAAAAUUCAUACUCACGGCAGUGCUCAAAAGAUGAAAAAUCAUCCUGAUGGGAGGGCUUUUAUGUUCGAAUCUCAGACUUACUCCAAAAGAAAGAUUUUGGAUUUUACAGGUGCUCUCGAGGGGUUCGAGAGUGCCAUGCAGAUCGCCUCCAAGUUCGAGGAGUUCCAAAGUUCUUUAUUAAAACGAACACUUAAGAAAAAUCCUGAGGGAGAUUUUCCUGACCUUCAGGAGACCCUCGAGUAUUUUAAAACAGCUUUUGAUCAUGAGUCAGCCAAGAAAGAGGGGAAUAUUGUUCCUAAAGAAGGAGUUGACAUCGAAUAUGAUGAGGUCCUUCAGGAGUUUCGCGAGAUAAAAAACGAUGGGAAUGUUUACCUGAAACAACAGGAGAAGUACUUUGGGGGAAGGGUGUCAUUCGUGGGAUCCGACAAGAAGGGAUUUCAGCUGGAGGUGCCUGAUGGGAGGGCCAAGCUCGCAGACUCUUCCUAUGAACUCCAGGGGCAGAGGAAAGGUUUCAAAAAAUACUACACAUCUGAGUGCCGAGAGCUCCUGUCACGCCAGCUGAAAGCUGAGGAGCUGAGAGCUAAAAUCCUCAAGGAUCUCAACAGGAGAAUAUUCGCCAAGUUCAGUGAGAAAUACGACCUCUGGAGUUCGGCAACCUUCAAGAUUGCGAUGCUCGAUGCGUUGAUAUCGUUGGCUGAGUACGCGAGAAGUAGAGAGACCUGUCUCCCUGCGAUUCAUGAUGGUGAGGAGGUGUUUACCAUUAUUAAAGAGGGAAAGCAUCCAUGCAUCAUUUCAGACAAUUUUGUGGCGAAUGAUGCGAGUAUUUCUGCUGAGGGAAAUGCCAGUCUUCUCAUUCUCACUGGCCCUAAUAUGGGGGGUAAAUCGACUCUGAUGAGACAAGUGGGACUCAUAACAGUAAUGGCACAAAUAGGAUGCUAUGUUCCUGCUGCUGAAUGUAAAAUCAGUAUUGUCGACAGGAUCUUUACAAGACUGGGAGCUAGUGAUGAUAUUCUCACGGGAAGAAGUACUUUCUUGGUUGAACUCAGUGAAACUGCAAUGAUUCUGCAGCAUGCCAGCAGAAAAUCACUAGUUCUAUUGGAUGAACUUGGCAGGGGGACAUCUACUUAUGAUGGAACUGCCAUCGCUGCUGCUGUUGUUAAUGCUCUCACCAAACUAAAGUGUAGGACUCUUUUCUCCACUCAUUAUCACUCACUUGUCGAGGACUUUGAGAGGAAUAAGGAUGUCUCGCUAGCUCAUAUGGCAUGUGAGGUAGAAACUGAGGAGGAGGAUGGAAUAUCUGAGGAAACUGUUACGUUCUUGUAUAAGUUAGUGGAGGGCGCUUGCCCCAAGUCCCAUGGGUUCAAUGCUGCGAGGCUCGCAGGCAUUCCCGCCAGCAUCACCAGGAGGGCUAGAGAGAUAGCUGGCAGAUUCGAGAGCGACGAAAAUCAGAGACACGUAUUUACGAGUCUCUGCAGGGGAGCUAGUAACGUCAAGGAUAUUAUUGGCAAACUUAAGAGAACUCUUAUUUUGUAGACACGGUCUUCUUUCUCUAUUUUUUCACUGGACGUUUUACGAAUCGUCGUUAUUAAUGUGUUGAUUUUCUUUUCUUUGUUUCAUUCACGUCUGGUUUCGUGUUCAUUCAUUGCAAGGAGAGAUUUUUGGAGAAUGUUCAAAAGAGUGAAAAUCUUUGUAUGCGCAGGACGCUAAACCACAUUGUCAUGAUUAAUGUUGGUGAUUUAAUAAAUUAGUAUGUUUCUUUAAAAA